GCUCCGGCACUUUUUUUCAGCUCUCACGUCCAUGACAUACCAACCCGAAGCUGGUCCCUCCAGACCCAACAAGGGAAAGCAGACCAAAAAUGCCAUUCGGUCUGCGAAAGCCAAGCAGAUGACAGAAAACCAGAAAAUAGAUUCUUUGGAUCACGAUGCGCUAAAUUUUGUUCCGCCAGAGGACUUGAAGGCGUUCUCUGAUUUGCCAGUAUCUGACUAUACCAAGAGAGGAUUGAAAAAGGCUUUCUUCGUAAACAUGACAGAUAUUCAAGCGAAGAGUAUACCUGUAUCACUCAAGGGAAAAGACGUCCUAGGUGCCGCUCGUACCGGAAGUGGCAAGACACUCGCGUUUCUCAUACCUGUACUGGAAAUUCUUCACCGUCGCAAGUGGGGUCCCUCGGAUGGAUUGGGUGCACUAAUAAUAUCCCCUACACGAGAACUGGCCGUUCAAAUUUUCGACGUUCUACGAUCCAUCGGUGGAUACCAUUCGUUCUCGGCCGGUCUUGUAAUUGGAGGAAAGAAUCUAAAGGACGAACGAGAUCGUUUGUCUCGAAUGAACAUUCUCGUUGCCACUCCUGGGCGGCUGCUACAGCACAUGGACCAAACGUUCGGAUUUGAAUCAGACAACUUGCAAGUCCUUGUCUUGGAUGAGGCCGAUCGAAUAUUGGAUAUGGGAUUCUCCCGUACCUUGUCUGCACUCCUCGCCCACCUUCCCAAGUCCAGACAAACAUUGCUCUUCUCCGCCACACAGACUCAGUCAGUGAGCGACCUAGCACGGCUAAGCUUGAAGGAUCCUGUCCAUAUUGGUAUACAUGAUGCCGAGGAUGCCUCUAUCCCGACGGCGACUCCAGAAAAUCUAUCGCAACACUACCUUAUUUGCACAUUGGACCAGAAGCUCUCAGUGCUUUGGAGCUUCAUCAAGUCACACUUGCAAUCAAAAAUUCUUGUCUUCUUGUCUAGCUGUAAGCAGGUUCGCUUCGUUUAUGAAACCUUUUGCAAGAUGCAUCCCGGUAUCUCCCUCCUUCACCUGCACGGCAAACAAAAACAGACUGCGCGCCUUAACAUGUAUAACAAAUUUACCACAUCCAAGCACUCAGUGUUGUUCGCGACCGAUAUCGCUGCGCGCGGUUUGGAUUUUCCGUCGGUGGAUUGGGUCUUGCAGGUCGACGCUCCGGAAGACGCAGAGACAUAUAUUCACCGGGUUGGCAGAACAGCGCGAUAUGAGAGCAAGGGUAAAGGCCUCCUCUUUUUGAUGCCCAGCGAAGAGGAAGGCAUGUUGGCUGCUCUAAAAGCCAAGUCAAUCAUCAUCGACAAGCUCAAAGUUCGAGGCAGCAAAACGCAGAACAUCGAUAAUCAACUCCAAAAUCUUGCAUUCCAAGACCCAGAGAUUAAAUACCUCGGUCAAAGGGCUUUCGUGUCCUACCUGCGGUCCAUCUACCUCCACAAAGACAAGUCCAUAUUCAAAAUAUCGGAACUGCCUGUCGAUCAGUUCGCGGAAUCUUUAGGUCUUCCAGGUACGCCUAAGAUCAAGUUCCUCAGCAAGGAGAUGGCGAAGAAGAAGAAGAACGCUGAUCGCACGGCUGCUAAAGCAACAGCCGAGGCCCUGAAGGAAAACAGCGGGUCCGAGGUGGAAGAAGAUUCAUCGUCAUCGAGCGAUGAAGAAGAAAAAGUUUUAGAACAGACGACAACCAAGGCUGAUACCAUACGAACGAAAUACGAUCGGAUGUUCGAACGAAAGAACCAGGGUGUUCUAUCAGAGCACUAUAACAAACUCGUCGAUCGCGAGGCAGGAGACGAUGACGACGACGAUUUCAUGACCCUCAAACGCGCUGAUCACGAUCUCGAAGAGGACCCAUCCACCGAAGAACCUCUCAACCUCAUCAAAAUAGACAACCUGUCAAACCGAAAACUGAAGCUUGGCCGCGCGAAGCGGACGUUGAUCUUGAACGCACCUUCGUCGAAGAAGAUAGUGUUUAACGAUGCGGGUGAGGCGAAGGAGGUGUAUGGUGUUGCUGAUGCAGAAGAGUGGGUUAAAGAGACGGGUGGAAUGGAGGGUGUGAUGAGGCAGGGAGCAAAGUAUGCUGAGGGAGAGCGGGGUAAGAUGAAGAUUGCGGAUGUUGUAGAUAAAGAGGAGGCGAGGGAGAAGAAACGCGAGAAGAAGAGGAAAAGAAAGGAAAGGGAGAGGGGGGUAAUGAUGGAUGAUGGCGGUUACGGAGCUGUCGCGGAGCCAUUACCGGAGGAUGACGGCUAUGUUUCACCAGUGUUUGAUUUGAGUUCCGACGAUGAGAACGAUUCUGUGGCUCCUCCUCAGAAACGCCAGAAGAAGAGUGCUCAGAACCGGAAGUCUGGAGGGCAGAAUAAUAUCGAAGACGAUGAAGAGCUUGCGCUGCAGCUGCUUGGGAAUCGUCGGUAACUACGUGCUUCUUUGUUUCUGUCGAAUAUGAGAAAUCGCCUAGAGAUUUUUUACUCCGUUGAGCAAUCAACCGUGAUGUUGG